AUGGAUGUCAGUGACGAUGGCGAAGGCUCUCUCGAGGUCGGCACAACCGGCACCAUUGGCUCCCUGAUGACUCGAGAAUUAGAAUCCAUGAAGCGCUCGGAACAAGCAUCUUCUUCUGCUCGAAGAAGACAACAAACAGGUCCCGUCUUCGUACCCUGCGGUGCUGCUCCUGGGAAAGCAUCGCGAAGGAGAAAUCAAGCAGAUGGAUGUGGCAGCAGCGGCAGCAGUAUCGGGCAGGAUCACUGCGCGGAUGCUCAGAAACGCCGACACAGCACACGCAAAAAUGGCCAUCGAGUUCCGAUAUUAGGGUCUGGUGACAGUCCCAUGGCUCGGAACUCUGGUACGGAUAAGGUGGAGAAGAAAGGCCACGGUUACACUGUGGAAGUUGUCGAUCUGAAGUGCAGCAACCCGAUGAGCAACCGGCUCAAGAAGCUCAGCUUCUCCAAGCUCUCCGAAUCCAUCUCCUAG